AUGAAAACUGGUUCCCCCACCUCAAAGUAUCAAGUCCACGCCACGCCACACUACGCCACGCCACACCACGCCACGCCACGCCACACUACGCCACACCACGCCACACUACGCCACGCCACACUAUGCCACGCCACACUACGCCACGCCACACCAUGCCACGCCACGCCACACUACGCCACACUACGCCAUGCCACACCACGCCACUCCACGCCACACCACACCACGCCACGCCACACCACGCCACACUACGCCACGCCACACCACGCCACGCCACGCCACACUACGCCACACCACGCCACACGCCACGCCACACUAUGCCACGCCACACUACGCCACGCCACACCAUGCCACGCCACGCCACACUACGCCACACUACGCCAUGCCACACCACGCCACUCCACGCCACGCCACACCACGCCACGCCACACCACGCCACACUACGCCACGCCACACUACGCCACGCCACACUACGCCACGCCACACCACGCCACACCACACUACGCCACACCACGCCACGCCACACCACGCCACACUACGCCACGCCACACCACGCCAUGCCACGCCACGCCACACCACGCCACACUACGCCACACCACACCACGCCACACUACGCCACGCCACGCCACGCCACACCACAUCACGCCACACUACGCCACACCACACCACGCCACACUACGCCACGCCACACCACGCCACACCACACUACGACACGCCACACAACGCCAUGCCACGCCACGCCACGCCACACUACGCCACACCACGCCACACUACGCCACGCCACACCACGCCACACUACGCCACGCCACACCACGCCAUGCCACACCACGCCACACUACGCCACGCCACACCACGCCACACUACGCCACGCCACACCACGCCACACCACGCCACAUUACGCCACGCCACACCACGCCACACCACACCACGCCACACCACGCCACACUACGCCACACCACACCACGCCACGCUACACCACGCCACACCACGCCACACCACGCCACAAUACGCCACGCCACACCACGCCACGCCACACCACACCACAUUAUGCCACGCCAUACCACGCCACACUACGCCACACCACGCCAAGCCACACCACGCCACAUUACGCCACGCCACACCACGCCACGCCACACCACGCCACGCCAUGCCACACUACGCCACGCCACGCCACGCCACGCCACACCACGCCACAUUACGCCACGCCACACCACGCCACGCCACACCACGCCACGCCACACUACGCCACACCACGCCACGCCACACCACGCCACGCCACACCACGCAACGCCACACCACGCCACACCACGCCACACUACGCCACGCCACACCACGCCACACUACGCCACACUACGCCACACCACACCACGCCACACUAUGCCACGCCACACCAUGCCACACUACGCCACACUACGCCACACCACGCCACGCCACACCACGCCACGCCACACCACGCCACACUACGCCACGCCACACCACGCCAUGCUAGCGCCUCUACUUCCUUAA